AUGGCAGUAUAUGCUGCCAGCACACAACCACCCCCAGCCAUCAACCAGCAUGGUACCAACACGAGCCACUCAACUCUCCCGGCCCAUUUCCUGCGCUCCCGUUCCCCUCAUGACCCCCUUGGCUGUGGGCAACCGAUCAUGGUUGCACGCACUCAACUCGCAUGUGGUCGCCACGCAACUACUGCCCUCCCGUGCACGCGUGUGUGGUUCGCAAUGCGACGUGGGGCGUCUGCGCCAUGCAGACUGGGCCUUGUGGCCACCAUCAGGGACCGUGCGAACGAGAUAUUCAAGAAGGUGCACGAUUUGAAGAGCAUACGUGGGCGCAGCAACGAGGCCACGUACGCUGCGUGCCUGUACAUUGCAUGCCGGCAGGAGGACAAACCACGAACUUUCAAAGAGAUAGGGUCAGCAGGCAACAACAUAUCGAAGAAAGAGAUAGGGCGAGCGACCAAGUUUAUAGUGAAGCAGCUAGAAGCGGAUAUGGGGGCGGUGGAUAUGGGAGCAGUCAAUGCAGGCGACUUCAUGCGUCGUUUCUGCUCGCAUCUGGGCAUGAAGGGCGCGCCAGUGCAGGCGGCAAUAGAGGUGGUGCAGAACACAGAGCAGAUUGACAUCCGCACCAGCAGAGCGCCCAUCUCCAAGGCCGCUGCCGCCAUCUACAUGGUCACCCAGCUCUGCAGCAACCCCGUUCCCACCAAAGACAUAUCGCGGGCAACGGGAGUGGCAGAGGGCACCAUUCGCAACACCUACAAGGACCUGCUGCCCUUUGCCUCGCGCUUGCUGCCAGAGUCAUACGCCAAACCAGAGGACAUCGCCAAGCUCUCCCCCUCGUAG